CUCUUGCCUUUCCUGGCUGACUCGUUAAACCCACGGAACGAGCCGCCACAGGGAGCUCAGUGUUCGCGCACUCAGUCAAAUGGUUGCGGAGCCCUCCUGAUUCGGGGCCCAGGCAGUGGCCUAGGCAGUGACCGCAGCAGGCAAAUCCCGUCCUAAGGGAACUGCUUGGGGAAGAUUCGAGACGGUGGUUACAUAGAACCCCAGUCAGUGCUCUAAGGGAGUCCUGUGGGAGUCGCAGGAGAACGCUGUGACUAAAACAAUAAGACCUAAUGUUUGAGAUACGCAAACGUCUCCUUUCAUUUUGUGAUUUAAAGGUAGAGACAGGCAGCGUGGAAGAAUGUGUGGGCGAACAUCCUGUCACUUACCUAGAGAUGCUCUCACAAGAGCUUGUGCUUAUCGGGAUCGGCAAGGCCAGCAGCGGCUCCCGGAGUGGAGGGACCCUGAUAAGUACUGCCCUUCUUACAACAAGAGUCCUCAGUCCAGCAGCCCGGUGCUCCUGUCUCGACUGCACUUCGAGAAGGGCUCAGAUUCAUCUGAGCGUGUCAUUGCUCCCAUGAGAUGGGGCCUGGUCCCAUCUUGGUUCAAAGAAGAUCAUCCUUCCAAGCUGCAGUUCAGCACUACCAAUUGUCGUAGUGAUACCAUGAUGGAGAAACGGUCAUUCAAGGUACCUCUGGGAAAGGGAAGACGCUGUGUCAUUUUAGCAGAUGGAUUCUAUGAGUGGCAGCGAUGUCAGGGAAUAAGCCAGAAGCAGCCAUACUUCAUCUAUUUCCCCCAAAUCAAGACAGAGAAGGUAUCAUCAUCAACACAGUGUAUAUUUGGAAAGUCAGGCAGCAUUGGUCUCAUAGACAGUCCUGAGAACUGGGAGAAAGUCUGGGACAACUGGAGGCUGCUGACAAUGGCUGGGAUCUUUGACUGCUGGGAGCCUCCAGAGGGAGGAGACCUCUUGUAUUCCUAUACCAUCAUCACAGUGGAUUCCUGCAAAGGCUUGAAUGGCAUCCACCACAGGAUGCCUGCCAUAUUAGAUGGAGAGGAGGAAGUCUCUAAAUGGCUUGACUUUGAUGAGGUCUCAACUCAGGAAGCUCUGAAGUUGAUCCACCCCACAGAAAACAUCGCCUUCCAUCCGGUCUCUCCUGUGGUGAACAACUCAAGAAACAACACUCCUGAGUGUCUGGCCCCUGUCGACUUGGUGGUCAAAAAGGAGCUCAAGGCAAGUGGCAGCAGCCAGAAGAUGUUGCAAUGGCUGGCCACAAAGUCACCCAAAAAGGAAAACCCAAAAACAACCAAGAAGGAAGAGUCAGAUGUGCCCCAGUGGUCCAGCCAGUUCCUGCAGAACCGCCCAUUCCCCACCAAGAGAAACAGUGCAGGACUUCUGGAGCGAUGGCUGAAGCGAGAGGAGGAGGAGGAGCCUGUGGCCAAGUGGCCUCACAGCCAGUAACAUGGGACUUUCAGAGACCAUGGUCUGCUGUACUAAAUACUGUUGCUGAUAACAGGUUCUUGCAUUGUGUGUAUGUGUGUGUGUGCUUUGGAAAAAGGUGGCACAGUGCUAGUUGAUAGUUGUGGGCUCCUGGUGGAAGUGGCUAUCCUAGCCAUGACUAGGAACCCACAGUGGGGCUGAUGGGGCAGUGUUGGAAAAGGCAAGUCCUCUGCCAUCACCAGCCCCGGAGGCCCCAUGGGGUGCUGUGCUUGCUGCCCUUUCCUUGUAGGGCUGGUGGAGUUUGGAAGUCUGAUUCUACUGGGAGAUCUCAGCCCUAACUUGGUACUCCUAGCAAGAGGCUAUUUUCUGCUCAAGCCUCUGGUCUCUUUCUGUCUUUUAGAAUUAAGUUCUUAAAAUGUACUUUUUCUGAAUAAAUUAUAUUUGAUAAACUUC